GGAGAGGUGCAGACGAGAGCGACUCCAGGUCCAACGGAGGGGGCGGCGGGCCAGGGGAUCCCGGAGGGCACAGGCGUUAAGGACGGAGUUAUGGUCCAUAAUUACAAUAAAAGUUUGGGGAUCUGAAAGCUUUAAGGAGCUGAGCUGCAGGGCAAAGGCUAAGAACCGGACUCGGGGAAAGUGCAAGUUAGUUACAAGGUAGCAGGGACUGUGAAGGGGGCUCGCGUGGAGAGCAGGGGACUGCGGAUCUGGAAGGGGGCAGGUAGAGAGGAAGGCAGCCUGGCAGAGCGAGGCACACGGGUCAGUCGGAGCUCUGCGGUGGCCGCCAGAGGGGAGGGGGCCACGGGGAGGAGCGGAGGGAAGAGCCCGGGGAAAGGUGUAGCCGAGGGGAGUUCCGGAUCUGGAGCUGGAAAGGGCAGGCAGCGGAGAGGGCGGCAGCCGUAGCGGUAGGGGUGGGGGAAAGAGGAGGAGGAGAGCCGGAGGAGGGGGAAGGAGGGAGGGGAGAGCGGUGGCGGCGGCUGCGCCGGGCUGUGAGUCUCUCGCCGCCGGAGGAAGAUGAGGCUGAAGAUUGGGUUCAUCUUACGCAGUUUGCUAGUGGUGGGAAGCUUCCUGGGGCUAGUGGUCCUCUGGUCUUCCCUGACCCCGCGGCCGGACGACCCAAGCCCGCUGAGCAGGAUGAGGGGCUACUUUUCUUUCUGACACAACUAAAUUUGCUCACCUUCCAAUUUCCUGCCUCAGACCCCAAAUCAACCAUUUCUUCAAGGAACCUCAGUUCUUUUUAGUGAAGGAUGAUACCAGGAUAAAUGUGCUGCUUACCUUCAUUAUACCAGAGACAGCGUCUUGCUCUGUUGCCCGGGCUGGAGGGCAGUGGCACGAUCAUAGUUCACUGCAGCCUCGAACUCCUGGCCUCAAGCAAUCCUCCCACCUCAGCCUUCCAAGUAACUGGGACUACAGACACACACCACCAUGCCCUGCUGAUUUAAAAAAAAUUUUUGUAAAGAUGGGGGUCUCUCUAUGCUGCCGAGGCAUGUCUCAAACUCCUACCCUCAAGAGAUCCUCCUGCCUCAGCCUCCCAGAGUGCUGGGAUUACAGGAAGACAGAGAUGUCAAUGACCCCAUGCCCAACCGAGGCGGCAAUGGACUAGCUCCUGGGGAGGACAGAUUCAAACCUGUGGUACCAUGGCCUCAUGUUGAAGGAGUAGAAGUGGACUUAGAGUCUAUUAGAAGAAAAAACAAGGCCAAAAAUGAACAAGAGCACCAUGCUGGAGGAGAUUCCCAGAAAGAUAUCAUGCAGAGGCAGUAUCUCACAUUUAAGCCUCAGACAUUCACCUACCAUGAUCCUGUGCUUCGCCCAGGGAUCCUCGGUAACUUUGAACCCAAAGAACCUGAGCCUCCUGGAGUGGUUGGUGGCCCUGGAGAGAAAGCCAAGCCUUUGGUUUUGGGACCAGAAUUCAAACAAGCAAUUCAAGCCAGCAUUAAAGAGUUUGGAUUUAACAUGGUGGCAAGUGACAUGAUCUCACUGGACCGCAGCGUCAAUGACUUACGCCAAGAAGAAUGCAAGUAUUGGCAUUAUGAUGAAAACUUGCUCACUUCGAGCGUUGUCAUUGUCUUCCAUAAUGAAGGAUGGUCAACCCUCAUGAGAACAGUCCACAGUGUAAUUAAAAGGACUCCAAGGAAAUAUUUAGCAGAAAUUGUGUUAAUUGACGAUUUCAGUAAUAAAGAACACUUAAAAGAAAAACUGGAUGAAUAUAUUAAGCUGUGGAAUGGCCUAGUGAAGGUAUUUCGAAAUGAAAAAAGGGAAGGUUUAAUUCAAGCACGAAGUAUUGGUGCUCAGAAGGCUAAACUUGGACAGGUUUUGAUAUACCUUGAUGCCCACUGUGAGGUGGCAGUUAACUGGUAUGCACCACUUGUAGCUCCCAUAUCUAAGGACAGAACCAUUUGCACUGUGCCGCUUAUAGAUGUCAUAAAUGGCAACACAUAUGAAAUUAUACCCCAAGGGGGUGGUGAUGAAGAUGGGUAUGCCCGAGGAGCAUGGGAUUGGAGUAUGCUCUGGAAACGGGUGCCUCUGACCACUCAAGAGAAGAGACUGAGAAAGACAAAAACUGAACCAUAUCGGUCUCCAGCCAUGGCUGGGGGAUUAUUUGCCAUUGAACGAGAGUUCUUCUUUGAAUUGGGUCUCUAUGAUCCAGGUCUCCAGAUUUGGGGUGGUGAAAACUUUGAGAUCUCAUACAAGAUAUGGCAGUGUGGUGGCAAAUUAUUAUUUGUUCCUUGUUCUCGUGUUGGACAUAUCUACCGUCUUGAGGGCUGGCAAGGAAAUCCUCCGCCCAUUUAUGUUGGUUCUUCUCCAACUCUGAAGAAUUAUGUUAGAGUUGUGGAGGUUUGGUGGGAUGAAUAUAAAGACUACUUCUAUGCUAGUCGUCCUGAAUCGCAGGCAUUACCAUAUGGGGAUAUAUCGGAGCUGAAAAAAUUUCGAGAAGAUCACAACUGCAAAAGUUUUAAGUGGUUCAUGGAAGAAAUAGCUUAUGAUAUCACCUCACACUACCCUUUGCCACCCAAAAAUGUUGACUGGGGAGAAAUCAGAGGCUUUGAAACUGCUUACUGCAUUGAUAGCAUGGGAAAAACAAAUGGGGGCUUUGUUGAACUAGGACCCUGCCACAGGAUGGGAGGGAAUCAGCUUUUCAGAAUCAAUGAAGCAAAUCAACUCAUGCAGUAUGACCAGUGUUUGACAAAGGGAGCUGAUGGAUCAAAAGUUAUGAUUACACACUGUAAUCUAAAUGAAUUUAAGGAAUGGCAGUACUUCAAGAACCUGCACAGAUUUACUCAUAUUCCUUCAGGAAAGUGUUUAGAUCGCUCAGAGGUCCUGCAUCAAGUAUUCAUCUCCAAUUGUGACUCCAGUAAAACGACUCAAAAAUGGGAAAUGAAUAACAUCCAUAGUGUUUAGAGAGAAAAAAAUAAACCAAUAACCUACCUACUGACAAGUAAAUUUAUACAGGACUGAAAACCGCCUGAAACCUGCUGCAACUAUUGUUAUUAACUCUGUAUAGCUCCAAACCUGGAACCUCCUGAUCAGUUUGAAGGACAUUGAUAAACUGUGAUUUUACAAUAACAUUAUCAUCUGCAGUUACUGUUUACAAGACUGCUUUUACCUUAAACUUUGUAGAUGUUUACAUCUUUUUGUUGUGUUUUAAGAUGAUGUUGGUAAUUUGUGCCUUUAGCUCUGUUUUAUUAGACAGAGUUAAAGCAUGUUGUCUUCUUUGGGAUUACACUCAGGGGUCUGAAAGGCAGUUUGAUUUUUAUUUUUAACACACUUGAAAAAAGGUUGGAGUAGCCAGACUUUCAUAUAUAACUUGGUGAUUAUCAACCUGUUGUGUCUUUAUUUAAUUUUACAUCUUUUUGAAGCACUGCCACAGGUUAUUAGCCAAGGUGGCCUUCCUUCACAGUCAUGCUGCUUUUUUGAAAGGUGAAUUUCAACACAUUUAGUGCCUCUUUCAUUUCUCAGUAUAUAUUUCAAGAGCUUGUGAUGAAAUUUAUAGGAUGGUAAUGAUGGACUUGUCACCUGUAUGGGGAAUACUUUUACUACUCAGAAAUGAAUUUGUGUGCUGCCAUUUGCUAUAAAGUUGAACUUUGUAUGGCUUGAAAAAGAAAUGACAAUAUGGAACAUCCCAAGGCUGUCCCAUAGGGUUGGAAGUUGUGUAGCAUUCACUCCCUUACCUACUGGCAUUCCCAGUGCCCUCUGUCCAUACCUACUUCUAGGAUUGCAAAGGAGUCUUCCAACUAGAGAAAAAUUGUCCACUGACAUUUGGGAUUUACUUUUCUCCAAUACCUGCCAAUACAGAAAACUAUUAUCGGUUGUUAUUGUUAUCCCUUGAAAGCGAGGGUGACAAAAACAACAAAACACCGUUAUAAACACAUCAAAGGUUCAUUCUGACUGAGGUAAGACUUUCCAAGCCCUUGUUAGAUUAGGCCUUAUAAAACUUGUGUGCAUUAUAACCUAAGCUGUGCAACCUGUGAAGCCAAGAGUGAACUGAUGUUUCAUUUAUAUUUUCAUCCAAAUGACAUUAUCUGCACGUUUUUAAAAUUUAAAAACAAAGGACUAUUUAAAAAUACAGUUUAUUAACAAACGUGAACUACUUUCUGUUACAUUAGGUGUUCCCUAGUGUUUCUUAAUUUCUUUUUAGAAAGUGUAUUUUUAUUAGUAUUUUUCCGGUGAACAGAAGAUUUGUUUGGAUUUAAACAUUUACUAAGACAGUACCUAUUAGGAAAACCAAAUAUUGCAAAUGGUCAAUUCGAUUUUAAUUUCUCAAAAGAUACUCUGUUAUCCAGAAGAUUAAAAUGCCUACAUUGAGUGCUUAAAAAAAAAAAAAACAACUGUGAUGAUGUGAGCAGAAUGGCAAGUAAGUUAAGCAUUUUUGAUCCUGUAAUCAUGGUAUCAUUACAAUGAAAGGAAUUCACAAACUACUGCCAGAGGAAGUUUGUUUUUUAAUUUAAGAGGGAAAUAUAACCUAUAAAUUUGUUUCUUCCAAGCUUAGCUCUUAAAUUUGGAGAAUCAAAGUUAAACAUCCUCAACAGAGUUUUAUUUAUAAUUUUGAAUUGUCAAUUUGUAUUUUGCUACUGAUCUGUGAUCAACCAUUUUAACUUUCAUCUCUAGGGAUGUUUAACAUUUAUAAUUGCAAAAUAAACCAACUAUAAAAAAAGAAACUAAGAGAGAAUUGGUACUUUAAUUACUUGUGUGUUUGCAAAUAGACUCCAUUUUCCAUGUUGAGUAGAUUAUAACCUUAUUAACUAUGCAUAGGCCUAAGAAAGGUGGCAAUGAACUGUGCAUGUAAAUUUUAAAUGGGUACUUUGUGCAAUUCGUUAAAAGAAGAUACUCUAUGAAUAUGAUUCUAUAUAUUGAAAUCAGAAAACCUACCAAACAAAAACAUCAGAAGCUGCUGCCAUAAUGACUAUUUUCUACUGUAGGCUGCUUUGGAAAUAAUUCCCAUAUCCUUGCUUUGUAAGUUGGUAAUAUCACUAUGCAUUUCUACACAUUUUAUAAAUUUGAUUUAUGCAGAUUUUGAUACACUGUAUGUUUCUGUAGAAAUUGUAUAAAUAUUCAAAAUUUUAUUAGGAUAAAUUUGAGAAACUUAUGUAUAUCUUAAUUCUGGGUUGCUUGUUUUUUAGGUGACAAAAAAUAAAAUAUUGUAUUUUAAUUCA